CGUUAGCGCACUAGUACACACACGCGCACACACCCCGUGGGCGGGCGAUUCAGACUGGGAAAACUACGGCUAUCUCUCCCAAAUCGCUCGCUUUUCUUUCUUUAAACGUCGAGCAGCAAUGUCUUCAGAUACGGAGACGUUAUCGGAGCAGGGUGGUGAGACACAGGAAACUCAGGACCCUAACUCAAAUCCUGUGAAGACAGAGGAGGCCAAACUCAAAGCCAAGUAUCCUAACUUAGGACAGAAGCCAGGCGGGUCAGACUUUUUGAUGAAAAGACUUCAGAAAGGACAAAAGUACUUUGAUUCAGGUGAUUACAACAUGGCCAAGGCCAAGAUGAAGAACAAGCAGUUGCCGGCAGCGACUGGUCCAGAAAAGAGUAUCGUCACCGGAGACCACAUUCCAACUCCGCAAGACUUGCCACAAAGAAAGUCUUCUUUAGUCACAAGCAAACUGGUCGGCUAAUCACUACCUCAGGUCUCAAGUGACCCCGUCCCCAACCUCCUCUCCUCAGCUUCCAAGCUCCACCGGGGUUAGUUGCACACGAUUUGCUUUAUAUUUGGGGUUGUAAGGCUUAGGUUAACCUCCUCUUCCAUCUCAACAGCUCUAGCCUGAUCCAUCACCCUCUGCCCCCUCACUGUCCCAACCCCACACACAUCUGGGUAGGGAGCAAUCAGUUCAGUGAAGGGCCAGUCAAGGUGAGCGGCCUCUCUGGACUAUAAUGCACUUUAUGAUCUACUUACCCUCAACAUGAAUGAGAUCAAACUCUUUGUUUAAAAAAAAACGUGGAAGCUACAAAAAGUAUAGUUAGAUGCCUAAUCAGUAUAAUAAUGUCAUUUACACAGAGUUCACAGAGAUGAUUCUCUUUGUCCUUUGUUAUUAUCAGCUUAAGAUUGUUUGUUUUGUAAUUGCUUGUAGACGUCACAUAGUUUCGGCACCAAAUGCAUGUUGGCCACGUUUGUAAAUGUUCAUUUCGAUCUGAUGAAAUCAUAUUUGAGCUUUUUUUUAAUUAUUAUUAUUAUUCAAGUUACUAACAUCAAUCUGCACAUCAACAGGCUAAUGUUAGUGCGAAAGCAGAGUAAAAUGUAUAUUUAUGUGCCAUGAUAAUCAAAAGUGCUUAAAUUAAGGAACUGACCCAGCACAAACCUGAACAUGUUCCUGAAGCUUCAGGGCACCUAAUUUCACAUGGUUUCAGAACACCAUGUGGCCUUGUACUGAAUGGAUAGAUAAGUGGAAUAGCUCAGGCUCCAGCUUGGGCACUGAUACUGGUACUUUAAUGACCAUAAAUGUUAUUGUAAAUGAUUGAUUAAUUUCUUCUGUAGUUUGGUACAGGCCAACAAUUAACAAGGUACAGUCAUUCAGGCUAUGAUAGCAAAGUAGCCCCUCGUAUUAGACGUGCUGCUGUGUUGAGUGAAGACACUAAGAGGGAAGCUGAGAAACACGUGUUGUUUUUUUUUAGUGAUCAAAUACUUUUGAGUAGUCUCACUGAAUGACUGUAUUGAGCUAAAAAUUGUUAACAUAUAACUAAUUUAUCUUUUACAUCGUUUACAUGCCUGGGUUUCUGACCACUGGUCAGCUAAGAUAGAUGAUUUGUAGCUGCGAUAGUGUAGCUUUAGCUUUUUGGGACACCAAAGUUUGUGUUCAGGUCUUGAUGAUGAAACCUUAGCUCAGAAUCGAUUCCAUACAAAAAUACACCCAAAGCAGGGGGUAUAAUGUUAUUCCCUUAAUCCUUAUGAUAUUACAUUCCCUUGACUCUAGUUCAAAUCCCUUCGUGAAUUAUUUCUGAAGUACAGACUACGGGUGGACAUGGAUGGGGCAAAUCAAGUAACCUUCACGAACAUGAGAUGUGGCGGUACAUGUAUUCAGCAUAUAUUCAGGGAAGAACACACUUUAAUAGCAUAAUCCUAUUCAUCAUCUGCAGAAUGAGAGGGACUCUUUAGUCUCAUACUUCUCACAACCACGGGAAAGACGAUGAAUGUUAGAAUUAUCGCUUGUAAGUUUGUUGAUGCUGUUAUUAAUAUGGUGGAUGGAGGAAACUGGCAGGAUGAAAGGUAUGUUUUUUUUUUUUUUUGAGUGAUUGUUCAAGUCUGAAUGUUGAGUGUUUAUUUGAGUAAAUGUUAUGUUGUACAGUGUUGUACCAUAUACUCUUUUAGCUGCUCCCAAAUUGUAAAUAGACAGUUAUUUUAAUAUUUUUAAUUUGGGCCCCACAUGAAACGCACGUGCCCUUUAUUAAUCAAGCUGUCUGUCCAUCUGUCCAACAGUUUAGAAAAUGCACAUGUUUAAAUUUAUGUGCUUCUUCUGGCUGGUGAAUUUUAAAGCAGUGCAAUAAACUCAAUCAUAGAUAUUAAAGGCAGCAGAGUUUUAUUCUUUAAAUUGCUGAAUCAUGCUUAAUAUGAUUUCAGACAUAAAUUAAGAAGGUCAAUUUUGUUUUUCCAACUGGAUUUUCUUGUUUUGUUUUUAGUUUAGGCAAAGAUAAUAGAUAGAUAAUAUUAGCAUAAACCAACCCCCAUAUAAUUUUGUCAUUUUUUUUCUGGCACCAGCAUUUCUGUGGGGCCCUUUGUAAAGUGUCUCAGUUUAUUACAUUUAUUUAUCACAUUUAUUAUUAUCAGCGUCUCUUCUUUACUUUCUUACAAGUUCCUCAGUUAAUUACAGUAAAAAUUGUGUGUUUUCUUUUUUAAAGUUUUGUUUGACAUGAUGUCUUGUUUAUAAUUAAUAGAUAAAUAGAUUUUAUGUAAACAAGCUUGAUUACAGAUGUAAGGCUUGCUCUUGUCUACAGAGCGUAAACAAAAAUACUUCAGAAGGUGUAUAGCAUCAUUUUACGUAUUUUUAUGUAUGUUUUCAUUCUGGUUUCAUAGUGUCUGCAGAAAUUUUACAAAGUAGGGUCUUUUGGAGGGAUCUUCAGGAUAAAAAAAAUGCUUUAGAAACCAGAAGACUUGUCAUCCGAUUUGUCAGAACCUCCUAAUGCUUUUGAACAUCAAAAAAAAAAGAAAGAAAUCCACCUCAAUGCUUAAUGUGAACUGCCUCUUACACUGCUUGGACAUUUUGGAGUACCAGUACUGAUGUUAACUUUGAGUGUCAGUGUAUUCAGUGCUUUUACAUGAACAGACAUGCAUGCACCAUACGCCUGUGUAUUUUUGAUUUGGAAGACUAAACAUGAUUACAGUUAUGGGUUUGCCCUUGAUGAGCUUUACACAAGUAAAAAAAAUGAGACACAUGUGACUGAGGUGUGGAUAUGUGUCAUAAGCCAAUGACUGAGUGAACUUAAACAGGUUGUGAAAGAGCUGACAGUUUUUGCCUGAAUCUGAAAUAAAGUUUUGCAUUGACAUGA